AUGACGGCAAGCCAGAAUUAUUUCACAACGGAGCUCUCCAAGCCUGGCAAGGAGACUGUCCUGUUCCAGCCCGGCCAGAUCGGCGUCAAGGCCGACUGGGGCACCGGGCUGGUCCGAGCCGUGCCUGAAGGAGGCCAGGGCGCCAAGCUCGGCGUGGAGCCCGGCUGGCAGCUGACCGAGAUCGACGGAGAGCC